GUCACAUAGAGGUAAACAAAUCACAUUGAUUUGCUGCCAAUUUCAAUUGUUGAUAUUCAAGUGCUCAUAUGCAUAUAAAAAAAAUAUACAGCACGUCAAUAUUAUCAAAUAAUAUUACCGUAACUUUCACAGAAUCAUACUAUCGCAAACAGUAUGUCCUUUGAUUUAUUCAGCGAGCCUAUUCUCGCCACCGGUGGAUAUGAUCACGCCAUCAAGCUAUGGCAACCCUACUCUGGAUUCUGUUACCGGACACUUCAGCACAAUGAAUCGCAAGUUAAUGCACUUGACAUCAUCCCAAAUGGUACAUUAUUGGCCGCUGGCGGCUAUCAGCACAUACGGCUGUAUGAUAUCAACGUUUGUCACCCGAUCGUGGAUUACGAUUGUGUGCUUAAAAACGUCACACGAGUCGGCUUUCAAGAGGACGGUAAAUGGAUGUUCACAGGUGGAGAGGACUGUCGGGUUCGAAUUUGGGAUAUAAAUUCCCGAAUUCCUUUAUGCCAGCGAAUUUUCGACUCUCUCACGCCGGUAAAUGCGGUUUGUUUGCAUCCAAACCAAGUCGAACUGGCAAUCGGAACCCAGGGAGGAAGUGUUUAUCUGUGGGAUGUGAAAUCUGAUGUUCACGAUCAAUUGGUUCCCGAGGUUGAAGCAUCCAUUCAAGAUAUAGCCAUUAGCCCGAAUGGGGCAUUCAUGGCCGCUAUUAAUAAUAAGGGCAAUUGCUACAUUUGGAGCUUAUCGAAUUCAACCAACAGCGAGAUGCAGCUGACCAAGACAGACCCUAAGCUACGAGUAGAAGCUCACAAGAAAUACGGCUUGAGGUGUAGAUUUAGUCCUGACUCAAGCAUGCUGGUAACAUGCUCCGGAGAUGGAACAGCCAAAAUUUUCCGAACCGAAUCAUUUCAACUGCAUGUGGAGUUGAAGAUUGACAAGUACUGGAUGUGGGAUGCUGUUUUUAGUAACGAUUCGAAAUAUCUGUUUACUGCCUCAUCCGAUGGCAAGGCACGACUGUGGAAAAUCGAAACCAAAUCUAUUGAAAGGGAAUACCAUGCACAUAUGAAGGCGAUCACAGCGCUGGCAUUUAGAGAUGGUAUAGCGAAAAGUUAAAAAAAAUCAAUAAUCAAUAAGGGUAUCUACAGAAUAAAC